AUGACACAAUUCUCCGGAAUAACAAUGAAGUUAUAAUGGAAAUACAUAGGAUAAACUUUGCCACAUACGUUUUGGCCGGACUGGGACUGGUACCAGUUAUUCUAAUCACAGUUUACGUUGUAGUAAACCUGCUUAACAGAGCCAAAAAGUUACCUGAAGAUUUGGAACAUUGUGCAAAAGACAGCACCCCUAUAGCCAACACUGCCGUUGAUGACGAUUGUGAUCUAUAUUCUGUUACUAGUGAAUAUCAUUUCGAUAGGACGAAUUUGAGAUUCAAGAGUAUUUUGGGAGAAGGUAAUUUUGGACAAGUGUGGAAAGCAGAAGCUGAUGAUCUUACAGGUCAUUUUGGGUCUACAAGAAUUGUGGCUGUGAAAGCAGAGCGGGAUGAAGGUGGUCCAGGAUUGAGAGCCGAGGCUGAAAUUAUGAAGAAAUUGGGGCAGCAUAUUAAUGUUGUGACAUUAUUGGGAUUGUGUAUGGAACAAGAACCUCACCUACUAAUAAUGGAGUACGCAAUGCGCGGCCGCUUGCUGAGUUUGCUCCGAGCCUGCAAAGGCCCUGAUGGAAUUCGCGAAGAGCGCGAUCGAACGCCUCCUAUUGCAAAUAUCCAACUGACCGGCUUUGCUCUCGACAUAGCCAAAGGAAUGGAAUACAUUGCUGCUAGAAAGAUAGUACAUCGAGAUUUGGCUGCUCGAAAUGUGUUAAUUGACCACAAUGGGGUUUGUAAAAUAUGUGACUUUGGCAUGUCUUUAGACCUGGGAACGGCGAAGGUAAUCUCUCUUCCCAGUGGAGCAGAUAGCGCCCGCCGCAAGAGAAGAAGGCCUUUGCGCAGGCUGAAAUUACCAGAGUCGAGGACAGUAGCAGGUGCUAAUACAAGACAAAGACCAGCAAUGCCCAUCAGGUGGAUGGCACCAGAAUCGCUACAAAUGCAUCUGUAUAGCACAGAGACAGACGUUUGGGCAUUUGGAGUUUUACUCUGGGAAAUUUUCACGUUGGGCUGCACGCCUUAUCCAAACUUAAGUGGUCGCGAAGUUGUUCGCCUGGUGCCUUCUGGUCUGCGGCUCGAGAGUCCUCGUAGAUGUUGCGGAACUUUGCUGAAUCUGAUGUCCAGGUGCUGGAAGUCGGACUCGGCACAAAGACCGACUUUUGCCGAAGCCCGGCACGAUCUGACCGCCCUGCACCGUGCAGAGUCUGCCGCCCUGGACGCCAUGGACGAUGCCUCAACGACGGACUGUUUUGAUGUCAGUGGAUUCAGCGAGGACUACGAAAAUGGAGUUGUGUAUUUUGAUAGGCGGAUUUCGGAAUUUGAAUGUGAUAUUUGAUUUAGGCUCAAAUUGCACAUCGGGAAAAUCAAAUUAUUAUCUAGCUUUGUGCAAUUGGGAGGGAACAUCGAUUUGCAGAUACUUUCUUGAGCAAAUAUUUUUAUAUUUAUCAAAUGCAUAGUAUGGAAAAGUCUCUAGAUACUUUGGUCUAGUACCUGGAUUAUAGCGAAAUUAGCCAAAUUUUCAAUUAUAUAAACAGAAAAUUAUUUAGGCUCAAAUUGCACAUUGGCAUUGAAUUUGUCCGAAAUUGAUAUUUCUAGCUUCGUAUAAUUGUUAUUAGAAGCAUUGAUUUUUUUUUGGAAUACAAAAA